AUGAAAAUAACAAUUUUUACAUUAAUUUUUAUAAUUUUAUUUCCAAUUUUUACAUUAACUAUAUCUGAAGCAUUUAUAAAUUUUAUAACUAAUCACUAUGGUGAAGAUAUUGCAAAAACAUUAGCGCGUCAAGAUUUAGGACGUCAAGGAAGUUACGGUGGUGGUAACAAAAGACCAAAUAUAAAAGGAAAACGUCCAGUAAUUUUAGUUCACGGUAUUACUAAUAGUGCUGGAACAUUUUUUUCAAUUCGCAAAUAUCUUCUAAAUCAUGGAUAUAGUGAUGAUUUAGUAUAUGGAACAACAUAUGGUGAUGCUGGAAAAACAAAUAUCUUAAUGGCAACAAUGGAAUGUCGAUUUAUAAUGCAGAUACGAAUGUUUAUUCAAACAGUGGCUGAUUAUACAAAUUCAAAAGUUGACAUAAUAGCAUAUUCAAUGGGAUCACCUGUAGCAAGAAAAGCUAUACUUGGAUCAAAAUGUGUUGAUACAGGACGUGAUUUAGGUCCACCAAUUACGGUACUUGUUGAAAAAUUUAUUAGUGUUGCAGGAGCAAAUUAUGGUUCAGCUUUAUGUAUCUUUCCUUUUGGAAGUUGUAAUUUAAUUAAUGGAUUAAAUUGUAAUUCUAAAUUUAUUACUGAUAUCAAUAGAAAACAAAAAUAUGAAGGUAAAAGAAUUUAUACAAUAUAUUCUAAUGCAGAUGACAAAGUUGGGUAUAUAACAUGUGGGCAGAUUGCAAGUAAAAUUAAAGGAGAAAAUCAAUCCAUUCAGCGAACUGGUAUGAAUCAUGAUCAAGUAAUUUUUAAUACAGCGAAUUUGCAAUUAAAACUUCUAAGACAAAAAUAA